AUGUCCGACCACGAGGAAGCUGCCCCUAGCUCAGGGUACUCUACCCCUGUCCCCGAGCUCGAUGACCAUCGGAACCAGACGGCCUCAGUUCAACGUCCCGAUCGUCCCCGCCGUGGCACCUUUGACUCGUUGUAUGGAGGACGCGUGAUGGCCCCCGGGGGCGCUUCCGGCGAACCACGCGUGCGUGACUUUGAAGAAGCCGUUGCCGACGAAGACGCUGCAGAACAGUCGCCGUCCAUGCGACGGUGCCGUCACCCUACCGUGGAAUCCGUCUCCGAUCGAUCUUCAUCGCCGCCAAAUUCGGUCAAGGCUUUCGCCGAAGCCCGUCGCCGAGAACGCGAGCUUUCCUUUUCCGAGCCAAAGCCGGAGCGCAAGCCUGAGGAGCUUGAACUGCAGCGGACUGCGUCGAUUGUCAGUCGCCACAGUUACCGCAGCAGGCAGCACACCGUGGCAACCACAGAUGCUGCCAGUCUGGCCACUAACAAGACGGCCGAAGAGGAUGUUUGCUUCCCGGUGCAGGACGAGCAAAGAGGCGACCAUCUCCAUAUCGACUUUGACUAUCUCGAGAACUUCAUCAAGGCCGAAAACGAGGCCCGCCAAGCCACCCGUCGGCCCUCGGCCCUCCGGGUGUUUCCUGACCUGCGGCCUGCAGCCACCGCGGUGGACGCGCCUCCUCUCACGGUGACUAUCGAUGGGGACUACUUGGGCACACCAUUUGGCAGUGAGAGUCAGACCGAGAAGGGAGAGAGAGAGGACGCGGAAGAGCAGGCCAGAGCAUCCCAGCCCGCGCCCAUCGACCACAGCCGGGUGAGCUUCUUUUCAUCGGCCUGGGAAUCAACCAUCCACGCUGCCGAUCUUGAGGGCUUGAUCCUCCCCGGUGAGGACAUUCGUGGCCUCUUUACUUUCCCCAAGGGCGAGACCGACGGAGUCUGGUGGCUCAACAUCAACAAGCCUUCCGAGGAGGAAGUCCGUGCGAUCUGCCGAGCCUUUGGAGUCCACCCCUUGACUGUUGAAGACAUCACGACACAGGAGUCCCGCGAGAAGAUUGAGCUCUUCCCCUCCUACUACUUUGCCUGUUUCCGGUCUUUCUAUAUCGAGAUCGACGAAGAAACCCAGGAGAGAGAGUUUGUCCCAUUCAAUAUUUACGUGGUUGUUUUCCGCGAGGGCACGCUCAGUUUCAGCUAUGCCAGCAAUUCGCAUGCUUCGCAUGUGAGGAAGAGAAUUGCUAUGUUGAAGGACUAUGUUUCGCUGAGCAGUGACUGGAUUUGCUACGCCCUGAUCGAUGACAUUGUCGAUUCUUUUGCUCCAGUCAUCAGCAAACUCGAGGCCGAUACUGACCAGAUUGAGGACGAGGUGUUCAUUGCCCGCACCGACGACAUGGCCCAGUUCCUGCGCAAGAUCGGCACCGCCCGCAAGAACACCAUGGCCUUGAUGCGCUUGCUGGGCGGCAAGGCAGACGUCCUGAAGGGUUUCACCAAGCGGUGUAACGAGAACUACAAGGUCACGCCGCGGAUGGACAUCGGCCUGUACCUCGGCGACAUCCAGGACCACGUUGUCACCAUGAUGAACAAUCUCGGACACUUUGAGAAGAUGAUGUCCCGCGCCCACAGCAACUACCUUGCCCAGAUUUCCAUUGACGGCAUUGCCCAGGGCACCGCCACCAACAAGGUCCUGAGCAAAAUCACGUUGCUGGCAUCCAUCAUUGUCCCGCUCAACGUGGUCACGGGUCUGUUCGGAAUGAACGUCUUGGUCCCUUGGAGAGACACUGAAUCGCUGGCACCCUUCUUUGGCAUCUUGGGCUCUCUGCUCGCGUUCUGUAUAAUCUGCUCAUACUUGGCCUACAAGCUGAGGAUGUUCUGA